AUGGGUGGAGAAGAACUGAGAGUGGAGCUUGCAGAGAUUGGAAAAAGCAUGGGAUCGAGUUUCAGGAGCAGCUCUUCGAGAAAGGAGCUUGAGGAUGAUGAAGCAGAGUAUGGUCUGCAAUGGGCUGAGAUCCAGAGACUGCCUACUUUUAAACGGCUGCGGUCGUCUCUGGUCGAUGAACAAGGAGAGGAUGUGGAGAAAGUGAAAAAGGUCGUUGAUGUCACCAAGCUUGGAGCCAUGGAACGUCAUCUGAUGAUUGAGAAGCUGAUCAAACACAUUGAGAAUGAUAAUCUCAAGCUGCUCAAGAAAAUCAGAAGAAGACUAGACAGGGUCGGUGUGGAGUUUCCGAGCAUAGAAGUGAGGUACGAGCAUUUAGGAGUUGAAGCAGAGUGUGAGGUCGUUGAAGGGAAGGCGCUUCCAACUUUAUGGAACUCCUUGAAGCGCAUUUUCUUAGUCUUGGUGAAGCCGAGAACACGCGAAGCCAAGAUAAACAUACUUACGGAUGUUAGCGGCAUCAUUAAGCCAGGAAGGUUAACAUUGUUGCUUGGUCCUCCUGGAUGUGGAAAAACUACUCUGCUCAAGGCUUUGUCUGGAAAUUUGGACACAAAUCUAAAGAGUUCUGGUGUAAUCUCCUACAACGGACACGGACUGAACGAGCUUAUUCCUCAGAAAAUAUCGGCGUAUAUAAGCCAACACGAUCUGCAUAUUGCAGAGAUGACAGUGAGGGAGACAAUAGACUUCUCAGCUCGUUGUCAAGGCAUUGGUACCCGAACAGAUAUUAUAAAGGAGGUCAGUAAAAGAGAAAAGGAUGGUGGAAUCAUUCCCGACCCAGAAGUAGAUGCUUACAUGAAGGCAAUAUCGGUUAGAGGACUUAAAAGAAGUCUGCAAACAGAUUACAUCUUGAAGAUCCUCGGGCUUGACAUUUGUGCAGAAACAUUGAUUGGCAAUGCGAUGAGAAGAGGCAUAUCUGGGGGGCAAAAGAAACGUCUUACCACAGCCGAGAUGAUCGUUGGUCCAACAAAAGCUCUGUUCAUGGAUGAAAUAACAAACGGCUUAGACAGUUCCACGGCGUUUCAGAUUGUCAAGUCACUUCAGCAGCUGGCUCAUAUUACCAAUGCAACUGUGGUUAUUUCCCUUCUUCAACCUGCUCCAGAAACAUAUGACCUCUUUGACGAUAUCGUGCUGAUGGCUGAAGGAAAAAUCGUGUAUCACGGUCCACGCGGCGAGGUCUUGAAAUUCGUUGAGGAAUGUGGAUUUCGAUGCCCAGAAAGGAAAGGUGUAGCAGAUUUUCUCCAGGAGGUUCUAUCUAGAAAAGACCAAGGACAGUACUGGCUGCACCAGGACUUACCACAUAGCUUUUUCUCAGUAGACACACUGUCGAAGAGAUUUAAGGACUUGGAGAUUGGGAGAAAGAUAGAAGAAGCCCUCUCUAAGCCAUAUGAUAGAUCAAAAACCCACAAGGAUGCUCUUUCCUUCAAUGUGUAUUCUCUUCCGAAAUGGGAGCUGUUCAGAGCAUGCAUCUCAAGAGAGUUUCUUCUCAUGAAGAGAAACUAUUUCGUCUACCUCUUCAAGACGUUUCAGCUUGUUCUGGCAGCAAUCAUCACCAUGACCGUGUUUAUUCGAACACGGAUGGGCAUAGAUAUCAUUCAUGGAAAUUCUUACAUCAGUUGCCUGUUUUUUGCAACCGUCAUACUUAUGGUUGAUGGUGUUCCAGAGCUUUCUAUGACUGUUCAACGCCUUGCCGUAUUCUACAAGCAGAAGCAACUGUGUUUCUAUCCAGCUUGGGCUUAUGCAAUCCCUGCAACAGUGUUAAAGGUCCCCCUCUCCUUCUUCGAAUCUCUCGUUUGGACCUGCCUCACUUAUUAUGUCAUCGGAUACACUCCUGAAAUCUCCAGGUUCGUCAGGCAUUUCAUUAUGCUCUUUGCUGUUCACUUCACAUCGAUAUCCAUGUUUCGGUGUAUAGCUGCAAUCUUUCAGACAGGAGUCGCCUCAAUGACAGCUGGUAGUUUUGCCAUAUUAGUCACCUUUGUAUUCGCCGGUUUCGCCAUCCCCUACACCGAUAUGCCGGUGUGGCUGAAGUGGGGCUUCUGGGUAAAUCCUAUAAGUUACGCCGAGAUAGGUCUCUCUGUAAACGAAUUUCUAGCUCCACGGUGGCAGCAAAUGCAACCCACAAAUGUUACCUUAGGGAGAACCAUACUUGAAAGCCGAGGACUGAACUAUGAUGAUUACAUGUAUUGGGUCUCAUUAUGUGCCUUGCUGGGUCUCACUGUUAUCUUCAACACCAUUUUCACUCUUGCCCUGAGUUUCUUGAAAUCUCCCACUUCAUAUCGUGCCAUGAUUUCCCAAGACAAGCUCUCUGAGCUGCAAGGGAAGAUGGUCUUACCUUUUAAGCCAUUCACCAUAACAUUUCAAGACUUGAACUAUUACGUCGACGUCCCUGUGGAGAUGAGAGGUCAAGGGUACACUGAGAAGAAGUUGCAGCUUCUAUCAGACAUCACCGGAGCUUUCAGGCCAGGCGUUCUAACGGCGUUGAUGGGAAUCAGCGGAGCCGGGAAAACAACUCUGCUCGACGUUCUCGCCGGAAGAAAAACAAGCGGGUACAUCGAAGGAGACAUCAGAAUCAGCGGAUUCCCUAAAGUGCAGGAAACAUUCGCAAGAGUCUCAGGCUACUGCGAGCAAACGGAUAUACACUCACCAAACAUCACCGUCGAGGAAUCCCUAAUUUACUCCGCCUGGCUCCGUCUAGUUCCAGAAAUCGAUUCCAAAACCAAAAUCAGAUUCGUGAAGCAAGUUCUGGAGACGAUCGAGCUGGAGGAGAUCAAGGACGCGAUGGUGGGAGUCGCCGGCGUGAGCGGACUGUCGACGGAGCAGAGGAAGCGGUUGACGGUAGCGGUGGAGUUGGUGGCGAAUCCGUCAAUCAUAUUCAUGGACGAACCAACGACGGGGCUAGACGCAAGAGCAGCCGCCAUCGUAAUGAGAGCUGUGAAGAACGUCGCCGAGACUGGACGAACAAUUGUCUGCACUAUUCAUCAGCCCAGUAUCGACAUUUUUGAAGCCUUUGACGAGUUGGUGCUUCUGAAGAGAGGAGGUCGAAUGAUUUACACUGGACCACUUGGACAACAUUCUUCUAAUGUCAUUCAAUAUUUUCAGAGUAUACCUGGAGUUGCUAAGAUUAGAGACAACUACAAUCCAGCAACAUGGAUGCUUGAGGUCACUUCACAGUCUGUAGAGACUGAACUGAACAUAGAUUUUGCAAAAAUCUACAAAGAAUCAGCUCUUUACAAGAGCAACUCUGAGCUAGCCAAAGAGCUGAGCAAACCGGAUCCCGGUUCAACCGAUUUGCAUUUCAAGAGAACAUUUGCACAGAACUGGUGGGGACAGUUCAAAUCUUGUCUAUGGAAGAUGAGUUUGUCUUACUGGAGAAGUCCUUCUUACAACUUGUUGAGAAUCGGUCACACUUUCAUCUCUUCUUUGAUCUUCGGUGUACUCUUCUGGAACCAAGGACAAAAGAUAGAUACUCAACAGAAUCUGUUUACAGUUCUCGGAGCGAUUUAUGGACUUGUGCUCUUCUUAGGGGUAAACAACUGUACUUCAGCUUUACAGUAUUUUGAGACAGAGCGUAACGUUAUGUACCGGGAAAGAUUCGCCGGAAUGUACUCUGCGUUCGCGUUUGCGUUGGCUCAGGUUGUGACCGAGAUUCCUUACAUUUUCAUACAAAGCGCAGAGUUUGUGAUCAUAUUAUAUCCUAUGAUGGGUUUAUACGCAUCUGCCUACAAAGUUUUCUGUUGUCUCUACUCAAUGUUCUGCAACUUACUCUGCUUCAACUACCUCGCACUGUUCCUCAUCUCCAUCACUCCAAACUUCAUGGUCGCAGCUAUUCUCCAGUCGCUAUUCUUCGUUACUUUCAACCUAUUCGCAGGAUUCUUGAUCCCUGGACCGCAAAUCCCAAAGUGGUGGGUCUGGUUUUACUAUCUAACCCCAACCUCGUGGACGCUCAACAUGUUUUUCUCGUCUCAGUACGGCGAUAUUCAUGAUGAGAUCAAUGCGUUUGGAGAAUCCACGACCGUUGCGAGAUUCUUAGAGGACUAUUUCGGAUUCCAUCAUGAUCGUUUGAUGGUUACAGCCAUUGUUCUCAUCUCAUUCCCAAUUGCAUUGGCUUCUAUGUAUCAAGCUCCUAAAGAUGGAGAAGCUUAG